AUGGAACCAAACCCGCUUAAUCUUACUGCGAGCGAGAUGCGAAUGCACGAGAUCCUCUCUCAGAUGUCCCAAUCCACGAACGACGUGUCCAGGCCUCACGCUCCUCAGCCUCCUCAGCCUCCUACGUUCAUAGUACAUCCGACGGACCGCCAUCCUGGUAUAUUUCUCGCUAUCGGUGCGGGCCCGACACAUGUCCUGGUUCCCGUCUCUCUGGCCAUGCGUUAUCCCUUCCUGUGUCCUGGAUCGAUGGUAGUUGCGAUCAGACGCUCAGGAGGGACGCAUCUUACACCAUCGAGAGAAGAACGAGCGAUUCCGGAUGUCCCGUCUGCACCAGCCCUGCCUGUCACUACGCAUCAUCUUCCUACGCCUGCUGGCAGGAGCACUUCAUCGGCGUGCACACCUCGUCAUCCCUCGCAUCACUGCUCUGCUCGAUGCGGUACUCGUGACGAGCCGAUAGAUGUCGACAUGGACGACGUUCCGUCUCAAGCAUCUGUGCCCUCAGCUACGGUGAUGGAAUGGACAGAGACGCCGUCGUCCCCUAUGAUAAAGAGGGAGGCUCCAGAUUCCCAUGACCUACAAGUCCCACGGAGGAAGCGCAAGGUGGACGAGACCAUCCAGUACCUUCUGGCGCGGACGGACACUGUGGCCGAAGUCGUCAAACAAGAGCCUUCCUCGAGCGAGAGUGUCCCUUCCUGCGCAGAGCCUCCACUCGUUCGUCAAGGAGGCGAGUCCGAACCAGCGAAUCCGGGAAAGAAGAAGGGCCCUUUCAACUGCCCGAUUCCCGGUUGUUUCGAGCGAAAGCCCAUAACUUACGGCCGUAUCCAAGAAUAUUAUCGCCACAUCUGUACCUCUGUGGCGCACGACGACGAUCGCUCUGUUCCUGGCUGGGAGAAGCGCUGGGGCAUCCCGUCCGACUACACGGGAGGGAUAAAGUAUUGCCCGUAUAGAAGCUGUCCCAAGAGGGACCGCAAGAUGAGACGGGGCACUGACCUCAACAAACAUAUGACGGAGUGUCAUGGAAUCGAUUCCGAGGAGUGGACAUGGAGAGUGGGUUUCAUUAUGGAGCGGAUGAUGAAAGAGGGUAGAUGGACGGAGGAGGAUGCCAAGAGAAAGGUGUGGAUCUAUGAACAGGAGGUGAAUAAGUUUGUGUACCGUCCUGGAGAGCUAUCUGAGCGCAAGGCGUCGUUGAAUUUUGCUCGUAAGUAA